CCUGGACUCCUUCAUCCCAAAUGAGGUGGCCUCUACAUUUUAUAUGAAGGCUCUGAUUUUCCAUUCAACUGUGAUCCAUCGAUAACAUGGCAAUCCAAUAUAGACAGGAAGAUAAAACAGAACAACACAGCUAAAAUAAAGUGUAUUUUCAGAAUACACAUUGUCGAAACAGGAUGAAGUUGACCAGUGAAAAGUUGCCCAAGAAUCCCUUUUAUACUGCUCUCUCCCAGUAUGGUGCUAAGAACUCAAAAUUAUUCCAGUGGAGGAAGGAAAAAACUGAUCAUUACAGCCACGCUAACUUGGUGGAUAAGGCGUUGCAGCUCUUGAAGGAAAGAAUAAGAAGAGGGGAUGCUAUGGCAUAUUUCCUACGAGGCCAACUAUAUUUUGAAGAGGGAUGGUAUGGAGAAGCACUAGAACAGUUUGAAGAAAUCAAGGAAAAAGACCAUCAAGCAACCUACCAGCUGGGAGUCAUGUAUUAUGAUGGGCUGGGGACACCUACAGAUGCCGAAAAAGGAGUGGAAUAUAUGAAGAAAAUCAUUGAUUCUCCAUGUCCCAAAGCAAGACACCUACAAUUUGCAGCUGCCUACAACCUUGGAAGAGCUUACUAUGAAGGAAAAGGUGUCAAACGAUCAGAUGAGGAAGCUGAAAGAUUGUGGCUUUUUGCUGCAGACAAUGGAAAUCCAAAAGCUAGUGUGAAAGCUCAAAGUAUCCUAGGAUUAUAUUAUUCAACAAAAGAACCCAAAGAAUUAGAAAAGGCAUUUUAUUGGCAUUCAGAAGCAUGUGGCAAUGGGAACCUGGAGUCCCAGGGUGCGCUUGGGCUGAUGUACCUUUAUGGACAAGGCAUCCACCGGGACCCCGAAGCUGCCUUGCAGUGCUUACGGGAAGCCGCAGAACGUGGAAACGUCUACGCUCAAGGGAAUCUUGUGGAGUAUUACUAUAAGAUGAAAUUUUUUACUAAGUGCGUUACAUUUUCCAAAAGGAUUGCUGACUAUGAUGAGGUUCAUGACAUCCCCAUGAUAGCCCAGGUCACGGACUGUCUCCCGGAAUUCAUCAUCAGAGGCAUGGCCAUGGCUUCCUUCUACCAUGCCCGAUGUCUUCAGCUUGGCUUGGGUGUCACGAAGGAUGAAGCAACAGCAAAACACUACUAUUCUAAAGCGUGUCGUCUGAAUCCUGCAUUGGCAGAUGAACUUCACUGUUUACUUAUUCAUCAAAGAAUUUAGAUCAUAAGGCAUUUCCACAAAGACCAUCAACCCUGGAACCUUAGAACGAUCAGAACUGCGGCCUCACCUGGAAUGUUCUCAAGCAGCUUCUGCUGUGCUCUCUGUUUUGUUUCCUGACUUUGUUC